AGUUGUUGAGUGGUCGUGUUGCUUUCUUGCUCAAACUAUCUCUAAGGCGCUGUACAAGUUCAAUUCAAGAUGUCAGAGCUUACUACAACCGAGUCACUACAGUUUUUAGAGAACGUACUUCACAUGGAGUCCCCGAUGAACAGACUCCAAGCAGACCGAGUUGCUUUCCUUGCUGAGUUGAUACAAGCUUUCCUCCACAAGAUACCAUUUCAAAGUGUGAGUCUAGUCGCAACACCAGAGGAACAGAAACAUGUUCCAAUCUUUGAUGAGAUUAAAGCUAACAUGUUCGCCCGUCAUGGGGGACUUUGUUUCGAACUGAACUACUUCAUGAAAGUUCUAAUUGUAACACUUGGUUAUGAAGCAUACAGUAUCGCUGGUAAUAUCAACCAUCCUGGUAACCACGUUCUUACCAUAGUGAAAAACCUCACCUCAGAUAAGUCAACCCAUCUGGUAGAUGUUGGAUUAGGGAUACCAAUGUUGCUCCCAAUACCACUGGAUUUUCAGCAAGAAUCACCCGAGUGUAACUCCAGUUUCAUGCCAUAUAAAUUCAUCAAAUCCGAUAAAGGGACUUUUUGGGUGAUGCUAAGUCGGCAUGUAGAUGAUGACUGCGCAGACCAACCUGUACAUGGAUGGAUACCGUUUGCUGAGUUUACAACCAAUCACGUGGGUCUGGAACGCCUCGUUCAAAAUGUCACCCUAGUCUACACUGGGCCCAAAACAUUACCCAAAGACGCGUUCCCAUUCUCGACUAGCGCUAGAGCUGUGGACUUCAGACAUGACAGACUGGUAGCAAUUAAAGAUAGGUCACUAUUGCUUGAAGAUGCAAACGGUUCAGUUGGAAAGACCAAGCUGGCAAACCAAGAGGAGUGGCUUCAAGCUUAUGAUGAAUAUUUCCCGCAGUUCUCGCGAGAUCUCCUGGAGAAAGUGCUCGAGAACAUUGAUCUGUUUGGUAGCCAGGACUGACAUGAAGAUGAUUCAGUAUCUACCCUACCCAUCACCACUGAUCUCACUGAGGGUUCAUUCCCCGUCAAAAUGGUCAUCAAACGAAU